GCCUGCAUUCACAAAACGUGUUUUCAGACCUGAUAUGGCCAACAUGAAGCAAGAGGACCCAGAAAUCAGUGUGAAAACACAGGCCCGAUAUUGCUCAGUAGCAUGGAAGUACUAUAUCAAAAAUGAGAGCAAUGCCACUGUUUACUGCAGGCUGUGUAAGACGAACUUUAAGUUCUCUUCAAAUACAGCUAACAUGAUAAAACACCUCAGAGUGAAACAUCGACUGAAUAUCCCCGCAGUAGCCAACGGCGGUGAAAGACUGUGCACGGAAGAGCCAGGCGAAGGCAGCAUGGAUUCGAAAAUAAGUUGUACAAGUAACAGUUGCUGAGUCGUGUACUGUUUAAUGGAGGUAACACACAGGCUGGAAGCGGAUGAAACCUUAAUGGCCCGUACUCACGCCCGGAAGAACAUCCAGUGACGUUUGAUACAUGGAUCUCCCACUUGAAAGGCAUCCUGCAAGCCUGAGUGGUCAAAAUCUUCGGAGAAGAAUGCAGCGUUUUUUGCCAUUUUCUGAUCGACGCACGUCGAAAGUGUGGAACCACUACACUCAGUUAAGUCUGCAUCGUGUUGAAUGCAACCAUUGUAAGAGACAGCUUUCCUUUCACAACAGCACUACUUCCAUGAGAGAACACUUAGGACGCAAACACAGCAUUCGGGAAGGAGCGGUACCCCCUCACAACACAGCAGGCAUCCCCACCCCUGCAGCGUUACACUCUCACAUUCAGACCACUUUACACGCCAACAGAUGCAACACCACAGGCAAUGUUGCAUUUCAACCAGUGCUACCUGUUACUGUCAAAGAGGAGCAGGAAGAAGUACUGACAGCUGAGAUGGGAGAGACCAAACCUGCUCGGACCACAUAUGCCCCUGACUGUGCGGCAGGAAGCGGUACUUCUAGUUCGAAUGUCAUUGCGCACCAAGAUACAGAUAUGGGCUGCCUAAUGUAUAAUUUCCCUGCGGGGGAGAUGAGCAGCACUGCUGGAGGCAGCAGCAUCCGCACCGGCACAAAAGCCUGCAGCAACAAGCGAGCCGAGGUGUUGACCGAUCUUAUCUUGGAGAUGGUCUUCAGAGACCUUCAGCCAUUGUCUGUGGUGGAAGAGAGGGGGUUCAAGCUCUUACUGAGUUGCCUAGAGCCUAACUACCCCGUGCCGUCUCCAUCUCUGCUCGGCAGUCUACUUUGGCAUCGUUACCACAUCCUCAAGCAAAGCCUUCAGCAGCAUCUUCAGACAAGUCUAGCUUCUCACUGUCUGACCCUCUGUACCGAAUACUGGAGAUCCGUAGAUGGAUGUGGGGUUGGCGGGGACGGUCAGUACUACCUUACAGUUAGUGCGCAUUUUGUCGACUCUCACUGGCGCCUGGCACGCUGUGUGCUUGAGACCCGACCGGUAGCAGAAUUCAAAGGAAACACAUCUGAGAGAGGGCAAGGGAGCUUUGCAGACACCCUAAGAGGAGUCCUCUCUGAGUUCCAGCUUCCAGAGGACUUUGUUUUUUGUGUUGUGCAUGACACACCAAGUGGAUCCGAAUCCGGGGGGCAGGAGAAUAUGACCAUCGAUCCGGAAUAUCAGCAAGAAUUUGCUGGGCCCAGCCAUCCUCCCCCGAGUAAUCUUCCAGAGGGAUGGGCACCUCUGCUUUGUGCAGGACAGGCCCUGAAACUCUGUGUCCAGGAGGGACUUUGUGUGGAGACUGUCAGACAAGCUCUGGCAGAUGCCCGUGCCAUCGUCCUCCAUUUCCAGCAUGAUGUGAGCGCUUCCACAGCACUGAGCCAGAAAGCAGAGGCUGUUAAUAAAGAGUCCGCAUGCUUGGUCUUGAAUGACCCAGGGCGCUGGACCACCGCCAUUGAGAUGUGUGAGAGUCUCCUGGAGCUCAAGUGGGUAGUAAGCUCCGUCUUAGAGGAGCAAAAAGUUGCAACAAAUCUGGCGGAUCACCAGUGGCGCCUUAUACACGAACUGGUCCCUGUGCUAAAAACGGUUCGCAUUGCGGCAUCGUUUUUAAGCGAGGACAUCAAUGGACCAAUUUCAGCCCUAAUGCCGUGCCUCCAAGGAGUGUCCAGGCUCCUGGGACAGAAAAUUGUGGAAUGCACCUGUCCAGUGGUAAGGGGAGUUAUGGAGAGAAUUCGUGCUGGUAUGGACAAACGCUGGAGUUUGAGUGAUGAAGAUGCUCUUCUGGACUGCCAUGCCGUAUUGUCCUCAUUUCUGGACCCACGUUUUAAAGAGUUGCGGUUUCUUAGCCCUCAUGCCCGCAGCAAGCUGCACGACAAGGUGAAAGAGCUGCUAUCUGUUCAGGCUUUCACAAGCAGCAAAGGAAGGAAUGGAGAAAGAAGACAAAGCAUGGGAAUGGAAGAGACUGUGGAUGAAAGCGUAGAACCUGCAGAUUUUGGAUUGGAUGAUUCUUUGACAAUUCCUGCAAUGGCUUCUUUGGAUUCUCCUGAAUCGUGUGGCUCAGCAGAGGAAGGUGACAGCGUUGAGCUGCAGCCAAGCGAGCCCUCCGUUGCCAUAUCAUCUCCAGAACAGGUAAAUGAAAACGCGCUUGAGGUUGUUGGAUCACCUUUCAAGAACGCCAACGAACGUAAAAGACGUUCUAGUGGGGCCAGUAUGACCUCGCCAUUGAGGGGAGAUUUACAGCUCACGCCUCGAAUACGAAUGAGUCCUCUCCCACAGAGCAUGUACGAUAUUCUUCUGGGCGAGGACCCUACUGAGCGAAUGCCCGAAAUUCACCAGCAGCUGGAGAAUUACAUUGCAGAGCCGCUCUGCAAACGCAGCCUCUCGCCCCUGCAAUGGUGGCGUAACAAGGAGCAUCGCUUUCCUGCUGUAGCCAGACUGGCACGAAAAUACCUGUCCAUACCAGCAACUGCUGUUUCCGCCGAUCGGACCUUUGCCCCUAGGGAGUCUCCAGUGACCCAAAGAAGGGCCACAUUGGGGUCUAAACACCUUGAUCAUAUUUUGUUUCUCCAUCAGAACACUGAUUACGUAGAUCAGCUGAAAGGUGGAACCUCUGUACGCGAAAUUGACCAGUGGAACAGUGUCAGUGGAAACCAAAGCAGAGAAAGUCUUUACCAGACUCUAGUGUCCUAUGAAAGUAAGGUUCGUGUGCCUGAGGAAGAGUCAUGAUCACUGUUAAUUGUUUGGUUUAAUUUUUGAACAUUUCUUCUGUCACAUCCCACAAUAAGCUCCUUUAAAGGAUUAGUUCACUUCAGAAUUAAAAUGUCCUGAUAUUUUACUCACCCCCAUGUCAUCCAAGAUGUUUGUCUUUCUUUCUUCAGUCUAAAAGAAAUUAAGGUUUUUGAGGAAAACAUUCCAGAAUUUUUCUCCAUAUAGUGGACUUCACUGGGGUUCACUGGGUGGAAGGUCCAAAUUGCAGUUUCAAUGCAGCUUCAAAGGGCUCUACACAAUCCCAGACGAGGAAUAAGGGUCAUUUUCUAAACAAAAUAAAAAUGUAUAUACACAAAUGCUCAUCUUGCACUAGCUCUGUGAUGCUCCAUGCAUUACGCAAUAACGUUGGAAAGGUUAACCACUAUCCACUAUCCAGGAGAAAAUGAGAUGGAGUUUUUCGCCUUACCACGGUACAUCCACCACGUGUGACCUUUCCAACGUGAUUACGUAAUGAUUACAAGCAUUUGUGGUUAAAGUAUAUACAUUUUUAUUUAGAAAAUGACCAAUCGUUUCGCUAGACAAGACCUUUAUUCCUUGGCUGGGAUCGUGUAGAGCCCUUUGAAGCUGCAGUGAAACUGCAAUUUGGACCUUCAACCCGUGGUACCCCGGUGAAGUCCAAAACUCCUGGAAUGUUUUCCUCAAAAACCUUAAUUUCUUUUUGACUAAAGAAAGACAUAAAUAUCUUGGAUGACAUGGGGGUGAGUAAAUUAUCAGGAAAUUUUAAUUCUAAAGUGAACUAAUCCUUUCAUUACAUGGUUAUCUGAUGACUUUCAUCAUCAGUGGGUUCUAGAUGUAAGGAUUACGAUGAGAGAUGAAUACAGUUAUACUGCUAUGUAAAUGAGUUUUGAAAUAAUACAUUCCUUGUGCAAGGAAUUUGUGACACUAUUGUUUAAUAUAGUUUUUGGUCUCUAAGAGGCCUGAGGGUCUGUGUCAUUAAUGUCUUGUGACUAAUAUAGAUACUGUUUUACUAAAUCCGUUUUACUACAUUCUUAACUUGUCUCUACUGAAUUACGCAAUAUGAGCACGAGCAAUCAAGCUGCUGUUUUGAAUAUUAGUAUGGCUGUGAUUUGGCCAUAGGUCAUCACAAUCGUGCAGAUAUCAGGCUUUUUUUCUGAACCAUUCACAUACUCUGUUUUGGAACACCACAAAUCAUAUUUGGCCAGUUCCAGGUCAGGAAGUAACUGUUGUAUUAUUGUUUAAUAUGUGUUUUUUUUAUUUUUCAAAUUUUGCAUAUAGUGUUACUUCAAUAUUAUUGUCACUAUACACAGUGUAUUACAUGCAUUGUAAAAUCAUGCAUGCAUCUAAACCACUUCCUCCUUUAUAUUUAUGGGGGAUUGGAUAUGUACAUGCAAAAUUAGGUAUUAGUAAUCUUUUUCAUACUUGCAACUUUAGAAUUUACAGUGUAUUCUAUCGGUAGCAUGAACAGAUUAAAGUGUUGAAUGAAA